GAAAACUUGUGGCUUCGCAGAGCUUGAGUCCGCGCCGAGCCGUGGGAAAGAGAGGAAUGUGGGCGGAGUUUUGGCGGAUGCUUCAAAUUCUGUGACAAGUUGUAGACUCACUUCCUGGUCGCUGCAGUCACUCAUCACCUGUCAGGUAGGAGAGGAGUCGUGUGGAGGAAUUUGGAGAAGAAACACAGGGGCUGUUGUGGUUCCUUGAACAAGAACAGCAUUUAGAGACAGAAAACCAUGGACUGAUGAAUCUGUACAGGAAUUUCGGGUGUAUGCUGGAGAGCUGGGUGGCUGAUGGAUUCCCAGAAGCCUCCUGUUACUCAGAAGAACCUUUGGAGAAGCAGCAGGACGCCAACAGCAGCGACUCUGCUUCUGCAGAUUCAGUCAGACUCCCAGGAACCACUCUAAGGUCUGAAUCUGAAGACUCUGGAGUGGAUUUGUCCAAUGUGGGCAGCCCUAAGGCCUCCAGGUCAAGUGUAUUGACCUUUGUAGACUCCCUCACAUUCAAACCAGCUGCUAUAUGUGAAAUUGAAGAAAAUAUAAAACCUUCAUGUUCUUCACCAGAUCCAUCCCUGCGCUCCUCAUCAUCCUCAUGUUUCUCUGAGGCUCAGAAUUUGUCCACAGCAGCAGACGGACCCUCAGUGGAUCAGGCUGUAGGAAGAAAUGAGCCAGACUGGACGCAGGCUACAGGGAGAGAAUCCCCUUUCCUAGAGGAAGGCCUGGAUGUUGGACCUCCCAGAUGCUGCAACACAACCUCGCUGAUCAGAGGCCUUGAUGCAGCUCCAUCCAGACUGCCCCACAGGACUCAAAGUAUGGGGUCAGGAAGGCCUCACGGACAGUGUGCUGACCAGCACAGACAAGCACAAACUGUACAGCAGCUUGACCUCAAUGACGGAGACCUAGCAGAGGCUGCGUGCCACACGGAGCCUGGCUGGGACGGUCUCUCUCCUGGCCUGCUGUAUCUGGAGCAGAUGUGCCGGAUGCUGGAGAAAAUCGCUCGGUUACAGCAGCAGAACCAAAGCCUUCAGCUGGAGGUGAACAGCAUCCGUGGCCAGAGGAAGACUGCCAGUUCACAGAAUUGUGAAAUCAGCUUCAUGGCUAAUGAAAGACCCAAGGUCCUGCGUUACGAGGAAAAGUCCAGCCCUUCUUCUCUACCUUACCGCCACAGGACUGCCUCUGACACAUGGGCUUUUCUUAGGCCUCGAAGAAAAGCUAAAACUCAAGCUGAAAAGUUCAUGUCCACAGAUUUUUUAGUGGAAGAGCCUGACAGCAACUUGCAUAUGCCUGUGGAAACAGAGGAGAAGAAGGCGGGUAACAGCCUGAAGCGGGGGAUUAGCUCACAAAGAAAGAAUGAGAAGAAAGAGCACUCCAGGAACGGCAGCUUGCAUGGCGAGAAGUCAUUGCUAAGACUGUUCAAGAACAGAAGAAAGACCACUCAGCUCUGAGACCCUGUGACAUUACCUCGACAAGACAGAAAGAUGACAUGAACUUCUGAUGUACACUCAUAAAAAAGAUUCUUCAGGGGUUAUUUUGUAAAGACAAUAACUGUACAGUCAAAUGCAACGCCUGGUCAAAUGACAUGUUUUGUUGAUUUUCUGAGUGAAAAUAAGUUAACACUCCUCUACAAGAAAGCACUUUAAUAUGUCAUUGGUAUUAUUUUAAAAUAUCAUUGUAUUAAUUUAAAAAAGUUAUUUACUUUAAUACACUGGGAAAAAAAAAAUAUUGUGCGAUAACUUGCACAGGCCACAUUAUUUGUUUCAAUAUGUUAAAUUCAGCCAACAAACAGAGUCGGGGUGCCCAAUUUUUUGCAUAUGACCUUGACAAUUCAAAACAUCAUUUGCAUGUUUGAAUCGUUAUUUGUUGAUUUAAAUGGUUCUUCUCUAUGAUGGAGAACCUGCUGUACAUAUUUUUUAAAAGAACCUUUUACAAAAUGGUUCUGUAUAGCACAAAAAAGUGUUCUGCUAUUGUUAGAAGUCAAACUUUGGUACUAUAUAGAACCCUCUUUGCUAAGAGAUGGAUUCCGCAUUGUAAAAUCAGGGGCUUGUUUUCGCAGAUUACGGCUUUUUCAGCUAAUGCUAUAGCUAAUGCUAACUCAGUGAGAAUCUCCUCUUACUGUGGUAAUUUAAUCCAUAACAAGUCUACAUCUGUGUCCAGCAGCGCUGCCAGAAAAACCAGCAUAGAGCAGCAUGGCUGGUCACCAGCAAAACUGCAAAUGUUGUGUUUUGGAUGUUGGUAUGACCAUGCUGGGUGACCAGUUUAACCAGCACCAGACCAGCGUAAACAAGAUUAGACUAGCUUUAACCAACAUGGAAUUCAUGCCGCUUUGUGCUGUUUGU